AUGUUACUACCAGCUCUCUGCUUUUUGAUGAGCGGCCUCGCCGCGCAACGCACUAAACAACCCGCGCCCAGCUGCCAGGUCGACAACUGCGAGCAGUGUAACGCCGACAAUGUCCACUGCGACCGGUGCGUCCCCAGCGACGACACAAAGUGCGAGCGGUGCAACGAGGGCUUCACGGUCAGCGACGACAAGACGGUGUGCAACCAGAGCCCUGCGCAGUGCAAUACUCCCAACUGUAAGACCUGUGACAACCCCAAAACAGACAACGAAAUCUGCACUAAAUGUAAUGAUGGCGACUACCUCACCCCUACAAACCAAUGCGUACCUGACUGCACAGCCAUCAGCGGAUACUACGGAGAUACUGACAAGAAGUGUAAGGCAUGCAACCCUGAGUGCGCUGAGUGCGUUGGACCGGCCAACAAUCAGUGCACGGCCUGUCCUGUUGGGAAAAUGCUUCAGUAUACAGAUACUAAUACUCCUGUCAAUGGGGGCACGUGCAUGGACCAGUGCAGCGUGAGUUCUACAAACGAUGGAUGCGCAGAGUGUGGGGCUCAGAUAGGAGGAACUGCAUAUUGCUCAAAGUGCAAGAACACUCAACAAGCCCCCUUGAACGGCAACUGUGCGGCCAGUUCACGAGUAGCCUUCUGUGCAACAAUCACAAGUGGGGCCUGUACAAAAUGCAAUGAGGGUUACUUCCUCAAGGACGGCGGCUGCUAUCAGACAGAUAGACAGCCUGGUAAGCAGGUGUGUAGUAAUGCACAGGGAGGCAAUGGUAAGUGUCAGACAUGUGCCAAUGGCUUAGCAGCAAGUGAUGGCAACUGUGCAGAAUGUCAUUCUACUUGUGCUACGUGCUCGACUGCAGAUGCGGCUGACAAGUGCAAGACCUGUGCCACUGGGUAUUACAAGGAAAACGGUGACGAUACCACUGCUGGGUUAUGCAAGAAGUGCUCAGAGAAGAUCUCUGGAUGCAAGCAAUGUGUGUCGUCAUCUGGCAGUUCAGUCAUAUGCUUAGAAUCAGAAGUAGGCACUGGUGGAAGCGUCAACAAGAGCGGCCUCAGCACGGGGGCCAUAGCCGGUAUCUCUGUUGCUGUGAUUGUUAUUGUAGGUGGUCUUGUCGGAUUCCUUUGCUGGUGGUUCCUCUGCCGCGGGAAGGCGUAG